CUUAAAACUAGCGAAAAAAUGUCCAUUUCCGAUCAGGUUCGAUUCCUCGGGUACAACUACGCCGCCUUCAAUGUGAUUCUGGCCGUUUGGAUUGCCGUUCGAAGUUUGGGCUUCUUCGGAACCGGCUAUGAAUCCGAUACCAUUUUGGGGCUGAAAUUUGUCCUGGCCGUAUGUUGGACCGGAUUUUCCAUUCUUCUGAUGAUCGGUAUUAGAACAGAAAACAUCAACCAUAUCAACAAAUAUAUGGGCUUCGUGAAGGUUCGCAGUGUUUGCCUUUUUCUUUACCUGUUGAAUAUUUCCGUUCGUCUUUUGGUUCAACUUACAAGUUCAGAAAAGAUCGGAAGGGUUUGUUUCAUUGGAACGGUUUUGAUUACCCUUCUGACCCUUUUUAUAGGAAUUGUUAUGGCCGAACUGUGGGCAAUCAGAUCGAUAAAACAAUCGAUCCAAACUCAAAACGAUCAAUCUGGAGCUGUGACACCCAAGGAAAUUGUUUGAAAUUAUAUGACUGACACUGUCUUCCUUCUAGGAUUAAGAGUAAAAGAGUUUAUACUUUCCAAUUUAGAUAGUGAGAUUAAGUAUGUUGUAAAAUUAUUGAAUGUUCAAGAUAUCGUUUUUGUGUGAUUUCGAAAAUAAGACUUUAAAUUAAAAAAAUAUUAGAUUUCAAAAUAAAAUCCAUCAUAGCAGUUUA